AGAAAAUACAAGCAAUGAAAGAAGAAGCGCUAAUUACUUGCACUUAUCUUAUUACACAUGUGGACACUUUGUUAACUCUCAGGCGUGUUUUUUUUUUCACCUCACAAGUGUUACUACUAGUUUGUGCAGGACGGUUAAAGUCCUUCUUUCGAGGGGGUGGGCAAAAAAAGUCAUAUGACCCUCACAACAAGUAUUUCACACUUCCUCGAACUAGUCAGACCUCCCCUUUAGUGCUCGUCGUGACUUUUGCCGUCUUUUCAUCGCGCAGCGCAGCCAAUUCAGCUCGCGCUACGACGCCAAUAAAGAAGGCAAAAGCCCUCAUCGGUGAUGUAGGAGUUUACUUCUCUAACGCUUUCGCAGUGACCCCCCUGUGCUGCCCGAGCCGCAGCAGUAUCCUGACGGGGAAGUACCCCCACAACCACGAGGUGCGCAACAACUCGCUGAGUGGCAACUGCAGCAGUCCGGCCUGGCAGCGGGGCCCCGAGGCCUCGGCCUUCCCCGUUUACCUCAACAAGCAGCUGUACCAAACCUUCUACGCGGGAAAAUACCUUAAUCAGUACGGCACGAAGGGGUCUGGGGGGGUGAGCCGUGUCCCCCCAGGCUGGGACCAGUGGCAUGCAUUGGUGGGGAACUCGCAGUAUUACAACUACACUCUGUCUGUGAACGGCAAAGAAGAGAAACAUGGCGAUAGCUAUGAUAAGGAUUACCUCACGGACCUCAUUGUCAAUAGGUCAAUCCAGUUCUUGGACGAGAGAAGCCCGCAGCGACCGUUCUUCAUUAUGUUGGCUCCACCUGCCCCUCACUCACCCUAUGUUGCAGCCCCACAAUACCAGAACUCCUUCAGCAAUGUGAAAGCUCCCCGUGAUGGGAGCUUCAACAAACCUGGAGGAAAGGACAAGCACUGGCUCCUGCGGCAACCUGUCAACCCGAUGGCCAACAGCUCCAUCGAGUUCCUGGACAACGCGUUUCGCAAAAGGUGGCAGGCAUUGCUGUCAGUGGAUGACCUGGUGGAGAGGCUGGUGAAGAAGCUGGAAGAUGUGAAAGAGCUGAACAACACAUACAUCUUCUUCACCUCCGAUCACGGAUACCACACUGGUCAGUUCUCCCUGCCCAUCGACAAGCGGCAGCUGUAUGAGUUUGACAUCAGAGUGCCGCUCAUGGUGCGGGGGCCUGGCAUCAAGCCCAACCAGACCUUGCAGGCUCCCGUGCUGAACAUUGACCUGGGCCCCACUUUCCUGGACAUUGCUGGGGUCAACAUGUCCCAGGUGAACAUGGAUGGGCAGAGCUUCCUUCCCCAGAUGGCCCCCUCUUUGCGCAACGGCACGUCUCGCCCCUACUUCUUAGUGGAGUACACUGGGGAGGGCUGCACUAACUCCAACCCCGAUUGCCCCAAGAUGGGUCCAGGGGUAUCUCAAUGCUUUCCCAACUGUGUGUGUGAAGAUGCCUUCAACAACACAUACGCCUGCGUGCGCACGCUGACAGGGUACAAUCUGCAGUACUGUGAGUUUGCAGACACUGAGUCCUUUGUGGAGGUCUACAACUUGACUGCUGACCCCCAUCAGCUGGAGAACAUUGUGAAGAAGGUGGAUCCUGUCCUCUUGCAGACCAUGAACCAGCGGCUAAUCAGACUACAGUCCUGUGUUGGAAGGUCCUGCAGGGACACAAAGUACUAGUUAAUCACUACUGGGUGAAGCACUUUUACGUCCAGUCGAAGGACGUGUCGGCUCAUUCCUUUUGAAUGUGAAAGCAGAUCUUGAUUGGUGUCAGUCCAGCUGUCCACUUUGACAUCGGUGUGUGUUCCUGUCACUCGACACUUCAGUUAACCCAUCUGACUGAUUUCGACAUAUUAAUGUCGAACAGCUGUGGCAGAGCGACCAGCCUCUGUGUGUGAAGUCAAGGGUGUCUGUUUCGACUGGCAGCACAUGCACUCGUUUUUAAGAAUUAAGUGCUGGAAAUGCUCCUGAACUGUGAAGUGGACACACAAAAUGUCUUGUUUACUUGAUGUGCUUUGUUUUUAAAAAUGAGACAAUGAAAGAGGCCAGUGAGGCAUAAGGGAAAAAUGCUUGUCCCAAACCAGUAACUGCAGCCAUUAAAUGAUAUGCUGUUGCUGUGGUGUUUUUGUACUGAAGCAUAUUUUAAGUCUUUGUACAAUAUGGAUAUUUCUGCAUUCUGACAAAUCAAUAAAACACAAGUGAUGAA